AUGAACUACCUGCGUCGACGACUCUCGGACAGUAAUUUCAUGUCCAACCUGCCCAAUGGCUACAUGACGGACCUCCAACGCCCCGACCCUCCGCAGCAGAGCCCCGCAGUGUCGCCCGGGCCGACGGAGAGGCGUCAGUCCACCAGCCAGCAGCAGCAGCCUGCGGGAGGUGGAGGUGGAGGCUCCGGCUUCUUCUCCUCCAUCUCCCACGCUGUCAAACAGACCACGGCUGCUGCUGCAGCCACCUUAUCCGAGGCAGCGGACCGCGCAGGAGUCUCCAGCAGCGCCAAAGUCCUCCUGGUUAUCGACGACCAGCAGACCGACUGGGUGAAGGUCUUCAGAGGAAGAAAGGUCCAUGGAGAAUUUGACAUCAAAGUAGAGCAGGCGGAGUUCUCUGAAAUCAACCUGGUGGCCAAUGCAACAGGAACCUACAAUGUAAACAUUGAUGCAAUCAGAAGUGGACACAAGGUUACAAAGUCCUUUAAACCAGACUUUGUGCUGAUCAGACAGCAUGCCUUCAGCAUGGAUAAGAAUGGAGACCACAGGAACAUGGUGAUCGGCCUGCAGUACGCUGGACUGCCAAGUGUUAACUCUUUACACUCAGUCUACAAUUUCUGUGACAAACCCUGGGUGUUUGCUCAGAUGACUCGAGUCUUCAAGCUGCUGGGCCCAGAGGAGUUCCCGCUGAUUGAACAGGUCUACUAUCCAAACCACAAGGAAAUGAUUACCUCUCCUCGCUUCCCUGUUGUGGUAAAGAUGGGCCAUGCUCACUCAGGAAUGGGAAAGGUGAAAGUGGACAAUCAAUAUGACUUUCAAGAUAUUGCCAGUGUGGUGGCACUGACCAAGACUUACGCCACAUCUGAGCCGUUCAUUGAUGCAAAGUAUGAUGUCCGCAUCCAGAAGAUUGGUGACAAUUACAAAGCUUACAUGAGGACAUCCAUUUCUGGAAACUGGAAAACCAACACAGGCUCAUCCAUGCUCGAGCAGGUUGCCAUGUCCGACAAGUACAGAAUGUGGGUGGACUCUUGUGCAGACAUCUUUGGAGGGUUGGAUAUCUGUGCUGUGGAGGCAUUACAUGGAAAAGAUGGAAAGGACUACAUUAUAGAGGUUGAUGAUUGCUCGAUGCCACUGAUUGGGGACCAGCAGGAUGAGGAUCGUGUUCAGAUUGCAGAGCUGGUGGUUUCUAAGAUGAGCCAGAUAGUUUCUCACUCCUCAAGCCCUUCCAUGGUCCGAGCCGCAGGAGGACAGCCAGCACAGAAGGCAGUGUCUCCUCAGCCUGUCUCACAGUCCAGAGUACCACAGACUCAACAGCGCCCCUCACCUCAGGGUGGUCCUCAGCAGAGUCCCCCAUCCCAGCAGCGUCCUCCGCCUCAGGGCCAGCCCCCUGCGCAGGCCCAGCAGUCUGCUGCCAGUCCUGCUGCUGAUGCUAGCUCUAAAGCUAGCCAACGGCCUGCAGGUCAGGGAGCCACUCCAGGUCAGAGACCUUCAUCUGGUCAGGGCUCUCCUCAGCGAAGCCAAGGGGGUUCACCUCAGACUCAGAGGCAGCAGUCAGUCCCUCAGCAGCAGAAACAGCCGAGGCCCGCACAGCCUCCUAGGCAGCAGUCUCAGGGGGGCACAGUGCAACAAAGGGGUCCUGGCCAGCAAGGUCGUCCUGGGUCAGCCACCACUCAGCAGCCCCGACCAGCUGCUCAAGGCCAAGGGGGCCCAGGUGGACGGCCCCCCGUUCAGCAGAAGCCCCAGCCUCCACAGAAGCCAAGUCAGGACAACACGGGCGGCUCGCCACAGCUGAACAAGUCCCAGUCUCUUACCAAUACCUUCAACAUUCCAGAAACCCCGGCGCCGCGAGCCAGCCUUAGCCAGGACGAGGUGAAAGCUGAAACCAUACGCAACCUACGCAAAUCUUUUGCCAGUCUCUUCUCAGACUGAGACGGUAAAAGAACCCCCUCCCCUCCCCUCCCCUCCUCUUACCGACAGAAAGAUGGACAGGAAAACCGAAGGAAAGAUCCCCCUCAACCAACAAGGACCAACAGAACUCCGUCUACAAUUCAUGUACAUUGACCCUGAUAUGAAAAUGUACACACUGACACCCACACUGCCUAAAAUCUUUUCAAAUGAGCAAAAAGUAGAAGAAUACACAGAAAAUUUAGCUACUAAUGUCUGAAACAUUCCUAGCUUUACUUCAAGCAAAAGUAAGUCAUUUACUUAUGUCACGCUACACAACACAAAAGCCUGUAUAUGCAUGAGCACACACGCACAAACACACACAAAUAAGAAACGAGACACAAAACUUGUUUGCUGGUGCCGUAAAGUCAUUGUGAUUCUUCAGUUUGAGUUUUGGCUGGUUUGCCGACAAACAAGAUGAAUAAAGGGACUGUGUGAAAAUUAUUCAGGACUUCAACAUCAGAAAUGUUAUUUCAGGUGUAACUCCACAGCUAAAGUAAAAACAAAAGUACUCCAACACUUUCGUCAUAAAUUUAACCAUUUUAUUGCAAAAUGGAUGUACAGUUUUACUUGGCAGAGAAGGCUCUGCUCAGUAGAUG